GCAUCAUUCCGGCCAGAGAGGGGCAGUAGAUCAUUUUCACAGAGCCAAACCGGAAGUUGAAAGGACUAUGAAAGUCAAACUGUAGCAUGGUGAGCGUUUUCACAUAACCUACAGGGAAAAUGUCUUUGUACACUUUAUUCAGGAUAGUAACGUUAUCCAAAGGUAUCGCAAACAACGCCACAACGUCGCUGUGCAGAACGAGCGCUCUGAACAGAAUACAGACAUGUGGAUAUGCUAAGAAAGUUGUGGCUAAAGUUAAAGGCAAAGGGAUGAUUAAACCGGAUCGGCAAGGUCCCGAGGUUUGUACAGACCCCGUCAGACUCACUACUCAUGCAGUAGGGGCCAACAUCUUCAAGCAAGGAGAAGACCCCCAGCUGAAACCUCAUGACCAAUAUCCAGAGUGGUUGUUCGAGUUGAACCUGGGAGCGCCCAAAAAGCUGAAAGAGAUGGAGCCGGACACCUGGGAAUACUGGAAGCGCUUGAGGAAGGAGAAUAUUUGGCGUAAUAACAAACUGCAAAAAGGGAAGAAGUUUUAACUCGCACUGGACUGACAGAUCACUUCUUCCUGUUCAUUGGGUUGCUUCUCUCUGGACUGAAUUAACCGACAUAGUAUACGUUCAGAGCCAGGGUUCCUGAAUGCCACUUUAAGUGUGUUGAUUCAAAUCAUGAAGAAUCUUUAAUGGCACUCUGGUGACAAUACCUGAAAGCUAUAAAGUACAAAAAUACAGGAACUUUCUGAACCAAAGCUGAAUAACACAAGAAUGGUGACCUUGGAAAUUUGAGUGGCUGACGAGGUCCAUUUUGGAGUUGUUCUGGAGCAUUUACAUCUUCUUCAGCAGACACCAUUUGUGCAGUUGUGAUGACAUUUUAAUAUUCAGUGAAGCUUGUGUUCAAUUUCAAAAAGGUAGUUAUACAUUCUUUGCUUCCAGGAUUAUGCAUUGCAUUUAAAUAAAUUGUAUGUAUAAAACACAUGUAUGUUUUUUCAGUGGUUUUUUAUUCAAACCUGAAGUGUAAUGGCCUGCUCAUAUUUUGACAACUCAUGUUGAUAAUGUUAUUUCGUUUUUUUUGCAAAGCCAUUAUAAAAAUAAAAAGGAAAUAUCCUGCACA